AAAUGGAGAAAAAAAAACAUGCGCGACGUUUGGAAUAAAGGAUGACAAAAAGAAAGAAAAUAGAAAGAAAAAGAAGAGAAAGAACAGUUGGAGAAAGAGAAUGACAGAUAUUAAUUGCAGGGUCGAAGGUGGGUGAGCGGGGGAGUGAAAUUAUAAUGUGAUUGCAGAGCUUGGGCAAGUACAGAACGUUUCAUUCGCCUAGAGAGAGCUGAUCGAUCUUCAAGAAAAUGAGCUAUAGGAGGAAGGAGCAGGCUUGAGUGGAAAAAGUUGCACCGACAUUCGUUGUUCAUAGCGCGAGAAGCACUCGCAGAACAACCUCAUCUCUUUUCUGAGACCUCCUCUGUUAGAACUUCGAACGAAUAUCCUCAGUAGAACACCCCUCGGUACGUAGAGCUGCAGCGAAUUAUUUAUUUGAAAAACUGCGGUAUUAUUUUCCUGAACUGAUAAGCACAUUGCUUUUAUUAAUCGGUAGCAUAUCUCGGAAAAAUCUUUUUCGAAGAAAAAGGUAAAUAAAAAAAAAAAUCUAUCUUUUCGAUCUCCUGAGUUGAAGUUUAAUUUAUUAUCUUCAUUUUUAAGAUAACGAUCUAACGCUAUUCAUUAUCUCGAACUAUUUUUUAACAACUUUAAACGAAAAGUUUCUAAAAAUAUAUUAAAAAAAAUUUCCUUUGUGCAAAAAUUUAUAAAUGUUUACUAAAAAAAUUCAUGUUUACUAAAAAAAUUUGAAAUAUGAGAAAGUAUUGUUUAUUUUGAUCCGAAAUACUACUGAGUGAUUGCCGCUGAAACCGAAAACAAAAUCCUCAGAAAAGGAAAAAAAAAGUUAACUAUUUUUCGAUUUAAGACACGCAUGCGCCGUUUCUAGAUUGUUUAGAAAUUCAGUAUUCAAAAGAAGUAAAGUUUUCAAUUUGAAUCGGCAAAGAAUAAAAUAAAUAAAAUAAAAAGUUUGGUAAAUGACGGAGCGCGGCCGCUAGGGUUACUAGUUGCCCUGUCAGCUUGAUUUCUAAGCAGCUGAAUAACACGAAGUUGUAGAUGGGAGGCGCUGUAAGUAGUAACCUUAACGCUAUGAGCACUUGGGAGAGAGCAUUCUAAAGGAAGCGCUCCUAGAGUUUAGACAUACUCACCUGAGAGUAAGAAGAUCGUAGAACUUAGACGAACUUUAAUCCUAAAACUUUCUCUCUUCUUUAAUGAAGGUUUUGGUAUAAACAAUUAUUGCGAGAUAAUUCACACUUUUAGCCGCAAAUCGGCACUCAGAGUUGUGAGCCGGCUCGAUCAUGUACUUCACGUUCACUCUGUCCCCUAUUGGCGGAGCGGUAUCACGUGGUCGAUAGGGCUGUACCAUAUUUGGAAUAAUGUGCUAUUAAAAGUGUGCCGGAGGUUUCCCAGUGAGCAGUAAGAGCCAUAAUUCAUCAAAAUUGCGAGGUUGUUCUUCGGGGAAAAAUUAUAGCCUGCUCCACAAAUCAAACGGAACUUAUGAGUUCGUAUCAGUUCGUAAACUCGCUGACGUCGUGCUAUAGUCAAGCCAGGCAGGACCCGACGGCUCAGGACUAUUACACGCCGCCGGUUCAGGCGUACGGAAACUGUUAUAACGGGCCAUCUUCCCCGGUCCAGCCUCAGACGUAUGGGGCCCCUUAUUCCCAACAUUUGCAAAAUCAGAAUGGGGACCCGCAUCAUUUUAGUAGUUGUUCUCAACAACAGAGACUUGGUCAUUCCCUUAGUAGUCAGAGUUCGAGGACCCCCACACCAUCGGCGACGCCGGUACCCAGUUGCAAGUAUGCCGAACCACCGACUGUUCAUGCGGCAUCACCACAAGAUCUUUCGACCACAAGCAGCAGUUCUCAACCCCCAGAAAGUCCUGAACAGGGAGAUUCACCCACUCCACCCACUUCAAAAUCCUCGACUAGCCGUCACCUAAGUCCUGAUUCAUCACCACAGGAAUCCAGUCCUCAGCAGUCACCAUCACCUCAAAGUUCUACAACAUCUCAAAAAGGCAAUGCUGCUUUUCAAGGCAAUCCUCCACAGAUUUAUCCCUGGAUGAGAAAAGUUCAUGUCGGGCAAAAUGGUGUGAACUCCAUGGGAGAAACAAAGCGCCAAAGAACAUCCUACACCCGGUAUCAAACAUUGGAGCUCGAGAAAGAGUUUCAUUUUAACCGGUAUUUAACCAGACGAAGGCGGAUUGAGAUUGCCCAUGCACUAUGUCUGAGCGAAAGACAGAUCAAAAUCUGGUUCCAGAACCGGCGAAUGAAAUGGAAGAAGGAACAUAAGAUGGCAUCAACUAUGCCUCCACAAUUACCUCAGGUACUACCAGAUCACAUUCCACAUCAUAUGCAUGGAGAGACCAAAGCGUAAUUCAUCUUGAUUGGUUGUUGUUAAAGACUAUGAAAAGCACUAAAGGUCAUGUAUUUUCAUUCACAGCUUUAGAUCUCGUAUGCACGAACCCAACAAGACUGAGAAUCGUUUAUGUUCAUUUAUCAUGGUAGAUUAAGACGAAACAUUUGGAAUGCUUAGGUUUGCAUUUUUUUCAGUUUUAAGCAUCAGUUCACAGCCUGCUGUAACUAAAAACUGAACUAAAUGUUCGAGCAGUUUAAUGUUGUGAUAAAUAAAUGAACAGGCUCUCAUGAAAGUUUUAGUAUGUCAUUCCACUGAAACCAUUUAGUAACCUAUAAUGCUGUAUUCUUCAAAAGACAAACUUAUGAGAAAGUUCUUUGUUCGAAAAAGUAUUGGCGUAUAAAUUUGUUCCACACUUGAAGAACAUUUAAGGAACUAUCGAACACUUUGAAGCCAUGUUUAGGUGUA